CUUUCAAUCCUUAAGUUGUUUCUAUUUCAUUGACCAAUUUGAGGGCAUUUUGUCAAUUCUCAACAAAGCAUAGUCCAAGCCCAUAUGAACAAGCACUAUUUGUAUCUUCACUAGCCACAACGAGAAUCUUGUAUUGCGAUCCAAAAUCAAAAUAUCAUACUCCAAGGUUACCAUCCCUAAAGGAAAUCAAACUCGCGAAGAACAACGCACUUGGCUUUGAUACCAUUUGUUAACAAAUCUAACCAAGUAGUCAUGCGUGCUAACGCCACUUGUUAGAGAAUAAUGAGGUAUAUGGCAAAAUAUGAAAUAACAAUCACAAUACAAGAGGUAUGGAGAAUUUAUUAAUAUGAAGAAAGAAUACAAAAUAUUGUGUUUUCAAUAUUAUCUAACUCAUAAAGUCAUGUGAAAGCUAAAAAUUUCGUGGUGUAUAUAGAGGACUCAAAAAGAAUAUGUUUUAGAUGAAAAGAUUAUUAAAAACCUUGUCAAAAGAAGGAAACAAAUUUUCUUGCGCCACACUAGCGGCGCAUGGAGCUCAAGCAGUAGUCGAACUGCAAGCGUUUGGCAGCUUCAGUACUCUAGCGCCGCAUGUAUGGCACUCAAGUGCCCAAGUGCUGCCCCAAAACUUCUCAUACCUCUCAAACAUGUUCUAUCAAAACACCACUUUCCAACGGAAUUUGGGUCACAAUAUUAACGGUUAUAAAUUAUCCUUUGUUCAAAAUCAACAUAAACUUUCAUUAGGCUUUCUUCAUAAUUAAAUAAAAAAAUAUGUCUACAGUGUACAGUAUUUGAUGAAAGUGAUCAGGAUUGAGUUGAUUUCUAUUUCUUUGGCGGUCUCUAGGAUCCAAUGUUUACUACAGAUGAACCAAUUUCAUUUGCCACUGAAUGGAUUAGGCAGUCGAGCAACUUCAUGUGUUUCGCUGAACAAGUUUAGUGUAAAGAAACACGUUUUGUAUUGUUUGUAGACUGAGUAGCCUGCAAAUCAAUGCUCUUGCUUCAUUAGCUUAUGGAAUAUAAAUACUGCAAGUUUGCAAUGUGAUUUUUUGUACUUUUUAAAAAAAAAUAAAAAAAUCCAUAGAUUAGAAAGCUGUUUUUUGUUCCAUAAUUCUCUCCAGGUAAGGAUUACAGAGACAUCGUUGGAAGCGCGUACUAUGUGGCGCCUGAAGUGCUAAGAAGACGCUAUGGGAAGGAGGUAGAUGUCUGGAGUGCGGGAGUCAUAUUGUAUAUACUUUUAUGUGGAUUUCCUCCAUUUUGGUCUGAGACAGAUAAAGGAAUACUUGAAGCAAUUUCAGAUGGUUAUGUGGAUUUCCAAACUUCACCCUGGCCUUCUAUAUCAAAGGGUGCAAAGGAUCUUAUCCGGAGAAUGUUGACGAUGGAGCCUAAAAAGAGGAUUACUGCAGCCGAAGCCCUUGAACAUCCGUGGCUCAAAGAAGACGGUGAAGCAUCAGAUAAACCUAUUGAUAGUGCUGUUCUAAUCAGGAUGAAACAGUUCAGAGCAAUGAACAAGCUGAAGAGACUUGCAUUAAAGGUUAUUGCAGAAAACCUUUCAGAAGAAGACAUCAAGGGAUUGAAACAAAUGUUUGAAAACAUGGACACCGAUCGAAGUGGUACAAUUACAUUUGAAGAACUCAAAACAGGGUUGUCUAAGCUAGGCUCAAAGCUCGCUGAGGCAGAAAUACAACAGCUAAUGGAAGCUGCUGAUGUUGACAAGAACGGAACUAUAGACUACAUUGAAUUUGUUACUGUGACCAUGCAUCGGCAUAGACUCGAGAAAGAAGAGCAUUUGUACAAGGCUUUUCGGUAUUUUGACAAGGAUGGUAAUGGAUAUAUUACCAGAGAUGAGCUUAGACAAGCAAUGCAACAAUAUGGCAUGGGAGAUGAAGCUACAAUCAACGAGGUUAUUGAUGAUGUAGAUACUGAUAGAGAUGGGAGGAUUAAUUAUGACGAAUUCGUAGCUAUGAUGAGAAAGGGAACUGUGGACAACUAAGACGAGUCAGCAAAUUGGCGCUAUUACGAGAAAGGGAAUUCUGGAGGACAAAGAUUAGCUAGUUAAUAUUCUUGAUGUAUAUCGCGUGUGAUGUACUCAUACUGUACAAAAUUUGAUGCAUAUGGAUAAGAACAAGAUUUCACAGGCA